AUGCCUUUCAAAGUCAUCAUCAUUGGCGGAGGGUUAGCAGGCAACUUGCUGGCUCUUGGACUCACCCGCAACAACAUCGAUGUUCAAGUCUAUGAACGCUCUGAGCGCCACUCCACACGAGAGGGGCUACAAAUUCGCCUCACAGCUCCGGCACUGGAAGGGAUGAGAACCUGUCUCUCGAAGGAGCAGCUCAUGACCAUCGUCAGGAAAUUUGGUCCCGCCAGCGAAGCUAAGGCCGAGGCCCCGCGCGUCUUCCACAAAGACGGUAAGCUGUUGAUUGACCUCAGCCAGUUUCCUGCGUAUGACAAGAACGCUCCCAUCAAUCGAGGGCUCUUGCGAGACUUGAUGGCCGAUCCUCUGUAUGAUGCCGGCAAGCUCAAAUACGAAGCAGGUUUCGAUCGGUAUGAAGUGUUGAACGCUGCUACCGACAACGAGAUGAUAAGGGUCUGGCUAGCCGAUGGAACUCACGAUGACUGCGACCUUCUCAUCGGCGCCGAUGGAAGCUACUCCAAGGUUAACGAACAAGUUGGGCUGAAUUCCAUCGACUACAUCCCUAAACAUGUUGCCAUCACAGCCAAAUGCGAUCUUCCCACUUCAAGAUUUGUGAAGAUGUCGAAAAACCUUCAUGAAAAUGACAGCAGCUCCAAGACAGACAACGCAAAUGUUCAACAAGUUGCAUUCGACGAAGAUCUGUCUUCGUGCAUGGUCAGUUUGAAUGUCGAGCGUCACUUGCUACCACCGGACCUCGACAAGCAGAGCCUCGAUAUCCAGUACGAUUACAUGGCGAAUUGUGUCAAAGAUUGGUCUCCUCUGUAUUUGGCCACUAAUUGGACCUGGGACAGUCAAGAGAUGAUCGGGGUUAUGAGAGGCGCCCCGUUACACAUUUACAGACCCAGGACGGCAAAGAGGCCACCCAAAAGCUGGCGGAAGAAGGUUCAGAACAAGGAUACCCCAGAGCUAGGUCAUCUUCGAGUUUGGGUGUUAGGCGACGCUAUGCACGCCAUGCUCCCUCCCAGAGGCAUGGGUGGUAAUAUGGCAAUGUUGGACGCUGGUCAAGCUCUCCCAUUGAUAGUUGAUCUGGCCGCCAAGAACAAGCAAGAGAAGCGCGUGGCUAAUGCUGAGAUUGGAAAGGCACUUUCUACAUUUGAAAAUGAGAUGAUACCUCGGUCAUUUGAGUGGGUGAAGAAGAGCGGCGGAGACAAUUUUGUGCCUAUAGAUACUAGCACGCUUACGGGAAGACUAUUUUUUAUUGUCAUGGGAUAUUGGCUCAAUGUCGUUUGCGCAUGGACGAAUAUUAAACAGCUGUUCAGCAACGGGCUACCGGAGGACAAGACGCCCGAGUUCAACAUGUACUAG